CCUUCCAAUAAACUGCGCUUGGUCGUCUCUCUCUACUCUUAUAUAUCUCUCUAAAGUUUCAAGCUUCAUCCAUCUUUUCUUAUUCCUUUCUUUCUCCUCUAGCAUCUUUUUCUUUUCCAUUUAGACAAAAGGGGCUAACUAUAGCCACUUAGAAAGAUGACAGGAGUUGAGGAAGGUGAUCAAAGUGUGAGUCUUGAUCUUCUUAAACAGAAAAUGGCUAACUUUGCCAAGGAAAGGGACUGGGAUCAAUUUCACAGCCCUAGAAAUCUGCUUUUGGCCCUGGUGGGUGAAGUGGGAGAACUGUCUGAGAUAUUUCAGUGGAAGGGAGAGGUCCCAAAAGGAUUGCCUGAUUGGAAAGAAGAAGAAAAAGCGCACCUUGGUGAAGAGCUCUCUGAUGUUCUACUCUACCUUGUCAGGCUUUCUGAUAUAUGUGGCAUUGAUCUGGGGAAAGCUGCUCUGCGCAAAGUUGAACUCAAUGCUAUCAAGUACCCGGCUUCAAAGAAAUACACCAACAACAAUGAUGGCACUGCAGAGACUGAUUGAUGAUCCAUCUAUGGUAAGCUAAGAUGAGGAACAAUGCGUGGAGAAUGGUAGUAGUAUAGGUGGUAGUGUGUUUGGCAUCUAUUCCCAUAGAUUUUGUUACUGUUUCAGCAGCUGAAUCGAAUCCUUAUGACGGAUAUAUAGAGAUAUGAUAAAAAAAAAGUUUGCCUUUUCUGUAUCCGCUGCUUUGGGCUUACUGUACUCUUCUUUCGUCCCGAUUCAUAUUUUAUUUGAGAAUUAAAGAGUUGAAAGAAUGGUUGGUAGCCAAGAGGGAUUUUUUAUCA